AUGACGAGCCGAUUGCCUGUCGCAACUGAUAACGAGAAGGGGCUCGGGAGUGUCGGCCCUGAUAACUCUUCCACAAGCUCUCCCAAACUAGAUCACACCAAUCCAGCGGCACAACAACCUGAAGCUAGUACUUGGGACGGCACUGUCCGACAUGAGAACUUCUUUACCAGAAACGGCCUCAAUUUGGAGUCCUUCAAAAAGCGCAGUUAUGGCCACGGGCUUGUGGAGCUUGAUAGGUCGAUGAAGAAGCGUCAUUUGCAUAUGAUCGCCAUCGGUGGCUCUAUUGGUGCCGGAUUCUUCGUUGGAUCUGGUGGCGCUCUUUCUACUGGUGGUCCCGCAUCUCUUCUCAUCGACUUCAGUAUCAUCGGUAUCAUGAUGUUCAACGUCGUCUACGCUCUUGGUGAACUCGCUGUCAUGUAUCCUGUUUCCGGCGGCUUCUACACAUACUCAACUCGCUUCAUUGAUCCAUCAUGGGGUUUCGCAAUGGGCUGGAACUACGUAUUCCAAUGGGCUAUCGUCUUACCUCUAGAGUUGACAGUGUGCGGCUUGACAUUACAGUACUGGCCAGGGGCUCGAGAUGUCUCCAUCGCUGUCUGGAUUACUGUUUUCUGGCUCGCUAUCAUCUUGAUUAACAUCUUCGGAACUCUUGGAUAUGCUGAGGAAGAAUUCUGGUCGUCUUGUUUGAAGCUCUUCACCAUCGUCAUUUUUAUGAUCAUCGCUCUCAUCCUCGUUUUGGGUGGUGGUCCCUCAGGUGGUCGAUACGAUGAGUACUGGGGUGCACGACUCUGGCACGAUCCUGGCGCGUUCCGAAAUGGUUUUAAGGGAUUCUGUGCCGUCUUUGUCACAGCUGCUUUCUCCUUUGCUGGCACUGAACUUGUUGGUCUCGCCGCCGCUGAAUCGCGCAAUCCCGUCAAGGCUCUCCCAGGUGCAAUCAAACAAGUUUUCUGGCGUAUCACCCUGUUCUAUAUCCUCGGUCUUUUCUUCGUUGGUCUUCUCGUCGCGUCCAACGACGAGAACCUCCUUGGUGCUGAGAACCCUUACGCCGAAGGCGCAUCUCCAUUCGUGCUUGCUGCUCGCUACGCAGGCCUCAAUGGCUUCGAUCACUACCUCAAUGUCGUUAUCCUUAUCUCCGUCCUUUCUAUUGGCGUCUCUUGCGUUUACGGAGGGUCACGCACGCUUACUGCUCUCGCUCAGGAAGGAUAUGCGCCGAAGCUCUUCACUUACGUUGAUAAAUCUGGUCGUCCACUGGCCUCUGUUUUGGUUCUUCUGAUUUGUGGAGCUCUAGCAUAUGUCAAUCUUGAUGCGAAGGGAGAGGUCGUGUUCAACUGGCUUCUUUCCUUGUCUGCUUUGGCCGCUCUGUUUACUUGGGGAUCGAUCUGCCUUGCCCAUAUCCGGUUCCGCAGAGCUUGGGCUUAUCACGGUCACACUGUUGAUGAAAUCCCUUUCAGAGCAGUGUUUGGUGUUGUUGGGUCCUGGAUUGGGCUCGGUCUCUGCGUCAUCGUUCUCAUCGCUCAGUUUUUCGUCGCUAUUGCUCCACCAGGAAAUAAUGGCGAUCUCAAUGAUGCCGAAGGUUUCUUCCGAGCUUUCCUGACUGUUCCAGUUAUUCUCUUCUUCUGGGCUAUCGGUUUCCUUUGGAAGCGUGAGGGCUGGCUUCGCACGGCCCAGAUGGAUGUCGAUACCGGUCGUCGCGAGCUAGAUUGGGAAGCUAUUAAUGCGUAUCGUGCUGAGGUUGCGUCGUGGCCAACAUGGAAGAGAAUGUUGCACAAGUUCUUCUAG